AUGUCCUCCGCCUCAAAGAUAGGCGUCGGUUCUGCGACCCUCUACGCCAUCGCCAGCAUGGCGCCAUCGCUCACAUACUCCCAGCCCGAGGAGGCGGAGAACAAGACGCAUCACCUGAAGAACGGGAAGGGCUUUGUGAAUCCGUGGGAUAGCUUUAGAGAUUUCACGCCGAUUUCGAUCAUGAAAGCUAUGGUUUGGAGAAAACUAUCUGGCCAGAGCAAUACUCCAGACACGACACCACCAACCGUCCCCAUCGUCAAGCCCAACUUCCUUCCCUCUCGUGAAACUGCUCACCUUCGCGCAACCUGGCUCGGUCACGCAUGCUACUACGUUGAAUUCCCAGGCCGCAACGGCCUCCGCGUGCUCUUCGACCCAGUCUUCGAAGACUGCUGCGCGCCGAUCAAUCUCCCCAACCUGAAGCGCUACACGCCGCCGCCAUGCGAGAUCGAGGAACUUCCCGUCGUCGACGCCGUCGUCAUCUCGCACAACCACUACGACCACCUGAGCUACCCGACCAUCAACCGCAUCAAGGAGAAGUUCCCCAACGCGCAUUUCUUCGCCCCGCUCGGCAACAAGAAGUGGUUCGUCGACACCGCCAAGGUGGCUCCCGAGAAAGUGACCGAGCUCGACUGGUGGGAGGCCAGGGACCUGGAACUCCAGGUCGUGAAGUCAAUCGCGAACGAGGAGCAAGUCGCGCGUGUCUCGGUAUCAGAAUCAUCCGACGGCGCUGCUGCUCCCGCUGCCGUAGCUCCAGCACCACCAGCAGGAGAGAAAGAAGACAUCAUCAAAGCCACCAUCAGCGCCCUCCCCUGCCAACACGUCUCGGCAAGGACUCCCUUCGAUAAAUGUAGGACGCUCUGGGCUAGCUGGAGCGUGGAGUCCGGCGGCGCGAAGGUCUAUUUCGCCGGAGACACAGGCUACCGCUCCGUCCCGCAAGUCCCCGCCGGAGAAGACGACUACUCCCCCAAGUACGCACACCUGCCCACGUGCCCGGCCUUCCAGGAGAUCGGCCAGCACCGCGGGCCCUUCGACCUGGGCCUCAUCCCUAUCGGCGCCUACGCGCCCCGCUUCAUCAUGUCGCCCAUGCACGCGAACCCCAAGGAUGCGGUCAACAUUUUCCGCGACACGCGGUGCGAGAAGGCGUUGGGCAUGCACUGGGGCACGUGGGUGCUUACCGAGGAGGAUGUGUUGGAGCCGCCGAGGUUGUUGAAGGAGGCGUUGAAGUGGAAGGGGCUGGAGGAGACGGGGGUGUUUGAUGUUGUGGAUAUUGGGGAGAGUAGGGAGUUCAAGAGGGGGGAGGGCAAGGAGGAGAAGUGA